CUGAACCUGGCUGUUAAAGGGUUUGGGUACGAUGACAUUUAUUGUAGUAAACUUUAGAUAAAUAGACUAAAGUGAUUGACUGUUGUUUCUGUAAAACUGUUUCUUGAAGUCAGUAAUUGUGUGUUUGAUUCAUUUAAUUGGUGGUGGCCUCAUCAAAGGUCACCUCAUUCAGUCAUCUUGAACCUGACAAACAUUAUGACAGUUAUUAUAAUAACUAAUCCACAGUUACAACAGAAAGAGUUUGUUUCACAGGUGGGACGGUUAGUGAUGAACAGGUGUUUCUCUGCUAUGGAUCAGUGUGAGGACAGAGAGGAGGGAGUCCCUCCCUCUAAAAGCUCUCUGUGUGGGGAACAUGACAGCCAGACCAAAGCUCAGAGGAUGCAGCAGCAGAGAGCAGACUCUCCUGAACCCAGCUGUGUGUCCAUGAAGAGUGACGCGUCUAUGGGUCGUCCUGUUAAGUUUAAAGAUGGACAACCUGCUGAUGGAAGGAUGCAGCAGCAGAGAGCAGACUCUCCUGAACCCAGCUGUGUGUCCAUGAAGAGUGACUGGUCUAUGGGUUGUGGUAUUAAGUUUAAAGAUGGACAACCUGUUGAUGGAAAAGUUCAGCAGCAGAGCUCAGAGGUUCCCAGUGAUCAGUCUGCACAGCAGCAUCAAACACAGCUGGACUCCAUAUUUAUGCUGCUGGAAGAGAACAUCGUCACUUUUGUGAAGAACGAGCUGAAGAGAGUCCAGAGGGGUCUGAGUCCAGAUGACCCAGAAUGCUUAGAGAGUCAGAGUGAGGAUGAGGAGGUGUUGGACGGUGAGGAGGAAGAGCAGAGGAGGAGCAGCAGAGAGGCAUUUCUGGAGAUCACAGUGCACUUCCUGAGGAGAAUGAAGCAGGAGGAUCUGGCUGAGCGUCUGCAGAGCAGAGCUUGUGCUGCAAAGUGUCGACGUAAACUCAAGUCUAACCUGGAGAAGAAGUUCCAGUGUCUGUUUGAGGGGAUCGCUAAAGCAGGAAACCCAACCCUUCUGAAUCAGAUCUACACACCGCUCUACAUCACAGAGGGAGGGACUGCAGAGGUCAAUGAUGAACAUGAGAUCAGACAGAUUGAAACAGCAUCCAGGAAACCAGACAGACCAGAAACAACAAUCAGACAAGAAGACAUCUUUAAAGCCUCACCUGGAAGAUAUGAACCAAUCAGAACAGUGAUGACAAAGGGAGUGGCUGGCAUUGGGAAAACAGUCUUAACACAGAAGUUCACUCUGGACUGGGCUGAAGACAAAGCCAACCAGGACAUACACUUCACAUUUCCAUUCACUUUCAGAGAGCUGAAUGUGCUGAAAGAGAAAAAGUACAGCUUGGUGGAACUUGUUCAUCACUUCUUUACUGAAACCAAAGAAGCAGGAAUCUGCAGGUUUGAAGAGUUCCAGGUUGUGUUCAUCUUUGACGGUCUGGAUGAGUGUCGACUUCCUCUGGACUUCCACAACAAUGAGAUCCUGACUGAUGUUACAGAGUCCACCUCAGUGGAUGUGCUGCUGACAAACCUCAUCAGGGGGAAACUGCUUCCCUCUGCUCGCCUCUGGAUAACCACACGACCUGCAGCAGCCAAUCAGAUCCCUCCUGAGUGUGUCAGCAUGGUGACAGAGGUCAGAGGGUUCACCGACCCACAGAAGGAGGAGUACUUCAGGAAGAGAUUCAGAGAUGAGGAGCAGGCCAGCACCAUCAUCUCCCACAUCAAGACAUCACGAAGCCUCCACAUCAUGUGCCACAUCCCAGUCUUCUGCUGGAUCACUGCUACAGUUCUGGAGGAUGUGUUGAAAAGCAGAGAGGGAGGAGAGCUGCCCAAGACCCUGACUGAGAUGUACAUCCAAUUCCUGGUGGUUCAGUCCAAAUUGAAGAACAUCAAGUAUGAUGGAGGAGCUGAGACAGAUCCACACUGGAGUCCAGAGAGCAUGAAGAUGAUUGAGUCUCUGGGAAAACUGGCUUUUGAGCAGCUGCAGAAAGGCAACCUGAUCUUCUAUGAAUCAGACCUGACAGAUUGUGGCAUCGAUAUCAGAGCUGCCUCAGUGUACUCAGGAGUGUUCACACAGGUCUUUAAAGAGGAGAGAGGGCUGUACCAGGACAAGGUGUUCUGCUUCAUCCAUCUGAGCCUUCAGGAGUUUCUGGCUGCUCUUCAUGUCCAUCUGACAUUCAUCAAGUCUGGAGUCAAUCUGCUGGCAGAAGAACAAACAACAUCCCGGUGGUCUAAAGUCUUUAAAGACAAACCUGAACCAACACGUUUCUACCAGAGUGCUGUGGACGAGGCCUUAAAGAGUCCAAAUGGACACCUGGACUUGUUCCUCCGCUUCCUCCUGGGUCUUUCACUGCAGACCAAUCAGACUCUCCUACGAGGUCUGCUGACACAGACAGGAAGUAACUCAAAGACCAAUCAGAAAACAGUCAAGUACAUCAAGAAGAAGAUCAGUGAGAAUGUGUCUGCAGAGAGAAGCAUCAAUCUGUUCCACUGUCUGAAUGAACUGAAUGAUCGUUCCCUAGUGGAGGACAUCCAACAGUACCUUAGAUCAGGAAGACUCUCCCCAGAUAAACUGUCUCCUGCUCAGUGGUCAGCUCUGAUCUUCAUCUUACUGUCAUCAGAAAAAGAUCUGGAUGUGUUUGACCUGAAGAAAUACUCUGCUUCAGAGGAGGCUCUUCUGAGGCUGCUGCCAGUGGUCAAAGCCUCCAACAAAGCUCUGUUGAGUGACUGUAACCUCUCCGAGAGAAGCUGUGCAGCUCUGUCCUCAGUUCUCACUUCCCAGUCCUCUAGUCUGAGAGAUCUGGACCUGAGUAACAACAACCUGCAGGAUUCAGGAGUGAAGCAGCUUUCUGCUGGACUGGAGAGUCCACACUGUACACUGGAAACCCUCAGUCUGUCAGCAUGUCUGAUCACAGAGGAAGGCUGUGCUUCUCUGGCCUCAGCUCUGCGCUCCAACCCCUCCCAUCUGAGAGAGCUGGACCUGAGCUACAAUCAUCCAGGAGACUCAGGAGAGAAGCUUCUGUCUGCUGGACUGGAAGAUCCACACUGGAGACUGGACACUCUCAGGAUGGACCAUGGUGGACUGCAGAGACUGAAACCUGGUCUGAGGAAGUAUGCCUGUGAACCGGAACUGGAUCCAAACACAAUGAGCAGAAACCUCAAACUGUCUGAUAACAACAGGAAGGUGACAUUUGUGAUGGAGGAUCAGUCAUAUCCUGAUCAUCCAGACAGAUUUGAUGUGUAUCUUCAGCUGCUGUGUAGAAAUGAUCUGACUGGUCGCUGUUACUGGGAGGUCGAGUGGAGAAGAAUAGUUUAUAUAUCAGUGAGUUACAGAAGAAUCAGCAGGAAAGGAGCCAGUGAUUACUGUGUGUUUGGAAUGAAUGAUCAGUCCUGGAGUCUGAAGUGCUCUGAUGAUGGUCGUUACUCUGUCUGGCACAAUAAGAGAGAAACACUCAUCUCCUCCUCCUCCUCCUCCUCUGUCUCUAACAGAGUAGCAGUGUAUGUGGACUGUCCUGCUGGCAGUCUGUCCUUCUACAGAGUCUCCUCUGACACACUGAUCCACCUCCACACCUUCUACACCACAUUCACUCAGCCUCUGUGUGCUGGGUUUACAGUCUGCUCUUGUUCCUCAGUCUCUCUGUGUCCUCUGUAGGAGGGAGAGU